AUGUUAUCAUUAAUUUAUAGUACGAUUGUAUCACUAAUAUUAAUCACUGCAACAUUGAUGAUCAAAGCAAUUGAUUACGAAGAUAAUGAUUUAGCUAAAGUAUGUCGACCUUUGGAUCGUCAAAUGGAUUUGUUGUUCAUUCUGGAUGGUUCCGGUAGUGUUAGUGGAAGUACAUUUGCAACACAAAUGGCUAUGCUUAAUAAGAUUGUUGAUAUGAUCGAAAUUGGCCCGAAGAAUACACAAAUUGCUGUAAUGCAAUAUUCAUCCUACACGCGAGUGGAAUUUAAUUUUAGUGCCAAUCCAAAUAAGGAAACACUUCGUGCAUCACUUCAAAAAAUUCGACAUAUUUCGGGAACAACGAAAACUGGCAAAGCAUUGGAUAAAGCACUUCAUGUUUUCCGUCAUGAUAGCAAUUCAGGAGCACGGCUUAAUCAGGAUGAUGUAGCGCAGGUUGCUGUAGUUGUUACCGAUGGUCAUUCACAUGAUGAUCCGAUAUCAGCUGCAGUGCGACUUCGUCAUGCUGGUGUUCAAAUACUUGCCCUUGGUAUUGGUGCGCAUAUUAAUAUGGGUGAACUGGUGGAAAUUACCGGUGAUGAGAAUCUUGCUUUCCAGAAUCUCACUUCGCAAGCUUCUUUAGAUCAAUUUGUGCAUCAAUUCAAAAAGAUUGCCAUUGGCGAACAUUGUGACUUUUCUCGAGGUCCAUUUGGAGCUGAAAUAAAUUGUCGUAGUGAUUCUGUGGAGAUUGUCGUUUCCACGGUGAACCCAUUCCACGGUCAUCUUUAUGUAUCCGGUCAAUUUCAUCGUCCAGAAUGUAUCGCAACCGUACAAAAUUCAUCCUUCAAAGAAAUUCGCCUUUCCAUUGAUCUUACCGCUUGUAAUAUUCAGAAACAGAUGAAGCAAAAUCAUAUGGGUGCAUUAUUUGAGACAAAUGUUGUACUGAAAUUUCAUCCAUUAUACAAUACAAAAGCAGAUAAGGUCUUCAAGGUGCAAUGUUUUUAUCCUGAAAAAGCACCAAAAUUACCGGGAAAAUAUUUGGACAAUCGAAUAAUUAUUAAUAAGAGGAAUGAAUUGAAAAUGCCAUGUUCCUAUAAGAUGAUAUCAAAUACAAAACCAAAUGAUAAGUGUAAAUUGGAAGAUGUACGUGUCGGUGAUCAAAUUAUUCAUUCAUGGGAAUGUGAUAAAGAUUCAUUCGAUACAUAUCAAUCAAUGCUUGUUCACAAUUGCAUUAUCAUCGAUUUAACGAGUGGUAUUAGCAAGACAAUUAUUGAUUCAACCGG